UUGGUCAGGAUGUACUGUCAGUCAGAGAAUCCGGAACACAAGUACAGUGUAAAAUAUUGCGUUCGCCGUUCCUGCGUUUAACCAACAGUAAAUAUCACUCUGUACCUUCAAAAUGUUCACUUUACUGAAUCCUGACACUGUGGAGCGAAUGUGUCGAACAAGAAAAACACUAUAAGGUAACAUUUUCAUACAAACUUGCUCCUGUAAUACCCACGUCCUCAGUUAAAACGCGGUCAGCUGGUAACCGGUGAAGAAGCAGCUGUUUGGCCUCAGUCUCUGUGGAACUGACUGGUUGGAGGAAAUACUUUAAUAGCCGCACUCAGCCGGGUUGCAGAAAUUAACAUAAUACACAAAUAUCCAUGAAUGUUUAUAAAGUCAGACAUGUCCCUCUGCUUUCUUGGUGUGUUUUGGCUCCCUGUGGAAUUUUGGAUGUGACAGGAGCUGUGUACUGGAUCCACCGACAAAACAACAAAGGAAUGUCGAGCUCCAUGUCUUACAUUGACGUUUAUAAUUAAUACUAUGAAGUAACAGGACGAAAUCAUAUGACAUUACCUUGGAGGCACUACGAUACAAUGUAAAACCGCUUCGCCUCAGGCUCAGUGUCAAAGAGAAAGUUGGACGCGCUUCUUCUCAGUGGAGCCGCGACCUUGUACUGGAAACAAGUCGGCUGCGUUUCGCAAUUGUUUGAAACCUCUAAGGAUCUGGCAGGUGUUGCGGUGACAUCCCCUUAAGAACGAAUAAGCAGAUUCCACAUCUUCUCUCCUCUGGCGCUUUGUGGUAAUGUUGUUUGAUCUUAAUUAAAAUCUCAUGAUGUUGACGCAACAUGGAAUCUGAAAGAGGACCGAAUCGCAGAUGACCCAGCAGAAAGCAGCCAGUGAUGGAGGAUCUGCAGGCGAAAGCUGGAGAAACUGGUGCAACAGGCAGCCAAGAAGAUUUUCUUUUGUAGGAUGGUCAGAGACAAUCUUGCUAGAACAGCAGCACAGAGCGAAAAACAGAACCACGCAGCUGAAACACAGAGCCCGAGUCAACCUGGUGAAGAACCUGCUGCACCAGAACAGAGCCCUGAAAGCCAAGAGCCGACACAGAGGCAGCUAGACAUACUGCACUGGCGCAAACUCAGUUUAGAGGGAGAAGCUGAAACCUGGUGCCAGCCACUGACUGAAGAUAAUGUUGACAGCUGGCCCACUCACCUCCAUCCUUUCAGUAGCGAGGCUGAGUAUAAACUUGUGAAAAGCACUUACCAGCAGCUCCAGCACAGUGGUUACUACUGGGGACCAAUGACCAUGGAGCAGGCACAUGAAAUACUCACACACGCACCCCUGGGCACCUUCCUCAUCAGAGACAGCGGCCAGCCGGAUGUUUUCUUCACUCUGAGCUACCAAAGCGAGGACGGCCCGACUAGUGUUCGUAUUCAGCUGAACAACUUGCUCUUCAGUCUGCACGGCAGCCAAAGGACUUUUGAUUCACUUUUUGCUCUGCUCACUUAUUACACCGGCUCAGCCUGUAAGCUGAGAGUGCCCUAUCGCAAGCAGCAUCCAGAGCGCCUGAAGCAGAUGUGCAGGAGGGUUCUUAUAUGUACAUAUGGAGCAGAAACUAUAAGCACAUUACCUAGACUGAGCCCUCAAAUUAAAGACUAUGUCCUUGCAUACCCUCACUGCAUAUAAACACAUGGACAAAGUGCCUGUUGCUGUGUCAUGUUUUUGUGUUAUAAGUAAAGCAAGUAAACAGUCAAGUUAACUAUAUUUGUUUUAUUUAAACAACCCACAUUUUUGUUUUGAUAAAUAAAACCCGCAGAGAGUAUUCUAUCUGCCGGUUGUUCAAGGACUAUUUGCACAUAUUAAUAAUGGUAUGAUUUAUGGAUUACAGAUUGCACUCCUUUUUUUUUUUAUUUACAGGACAUAGUUUCAGAAGCUGUGCUGCUGCCUCCAUGAUACUGAACAAUUAAUAAUGUACCAAAAUAAAAUGACCAAUCUGCUGCUGCUGUUUAAAGCUGCAUUCAUUGGUGUUUGGCCACUAAGAAAAAGAUCAGACAGUGACUAUCUUAUAAAGUUGUGGCUAAAAUAUCAGUAAACAAUAAUUCGGACUGAUGUUUCUGGCUCCAUGUUGAAUGAAAAUCUAACAUUCUUUUACCCUGUUUUGCGUGGAAGCUGAGAGUGGCUGAGGUAGCAGUUAUGGUUUUAAUCCCGUUUUUAAUCUCAAAAUGUCGAUUAGCGUGUUAUCUCAGGACAGUAGAUCUUCAGAAAAUAAUAGGCAGUUUUCUCAGACUAAUCGGACAAUAACAGUCUGUUUUCUUAGAAUAAACUUUGGAUGAAUCACAACAAAUAAAUACAUUAUAAUAAUAAUGAAUUCGUACUCUCCAUAUAAUAUAUUGUAAUCCAGGUCUAAUCUGCACAUCUGAAACAGUGUUCAGUUAAAAAUAAGAACCUCUUUUAAGCUGUAUAGUUUGUUUGAAUGGCGAUACCACAGCAAAGGUACUUUUUGUUUUCUUGAAAUAAUUCAUUUUGUGUUGAAUUAUUACAAUAAAACUUUUUAUCAUGAGAUAGAGGUAAAUUUAAAUGGUUACAACCACAUCCACCCAUCCACCCUCAGCUUCUGUAGUUUUGGUCUGCACCAGCUUCUACAAAUCUCUCUGCCUUUGUUCAGUGCUGGACUUUCCUCACCAGCUACUAAGUUAUGGUACUGUAACUUUGUCAUCUGUCUGCCUGGCUGAGAACAGCCAAAGCUCUACUGUAAAACAAUUGUCUAAAAACGGCCGAAAACUUCUCAAAACAGUGGAUUUGGUUGAUUGUUUUCUGACCCCUUUCAGAACAUUUGAUUCAGUUUUAUUUGAACAGUAUUAACUGAUGCAGUUUUAAAGUCUGAACUAUGACCCACCAUUAAUUGACACUUGAAAUUCGUUUACAUGUGUAGCUAAUGUUUUCAUGUCUGUGAAACAACAAACAAUUGUACAAGAGUGUGAUGUGCUGCAUAAUUUUGUUCAUGAUGAUAAAUUAAAGUCGUUAGUACACAAAAUGCACCAUGGCAUGGCUCUAUAGAUGGCAAACUAUUGGUUGGAUAGACAUGAAAACUUGUUCAUAAUCUCCUGAGGAUGAAUCCUCAUGACUUCGGUCAUGCUCUGACAUUUCCUCUAGCGCUACCAUGAGGUUUAAAUAUUUUAGUUUUUAAACAUCUGAACAACUGUCAGAGCUAUGCACAUUAAAUUUGGUACAUGUAUUCAUGUCCCCUACCGGAUCAACUGUCCACUGUGGCGAGCCCUUGACGCUAUCUCUAACACCAUCUUCUGGUAAACAUUUUACUUUGGCUUAUGACUAAAUAUCUGCAAAAAUAAUGAUUCUGAAUUUGUGUUUAGUGCUAAUUAGCAAAUGUUAGCAUGCUAAUACAUUAAGAUGCUGAACAUGCUAGCUAGCAUGAUUGUAUUGUAUUGUAUUUUUGGAGUUAGUACAUA